AUGUCCUCAUCUAUACGUCCAAAAACUAGCAGUUCAUACGCUGAAGCAUCCAAGUCCCCAUCCUUCACCACCAAAACCCUUGUUCUUCAGAUCUGGACCUUCAACAAAGUCAAGGACGUUGCACUCGAACUUCAAAACAACAAGGAUGAUUGGCUCAAGGUGAUCAGAGAGUCAAUGGUAUCCGCUGGCAAGGAAUGUCUUCUGGAUCACGCCGAUGACCUCGAAGUUUUCAUCCGCCAGCUUGAGGACAUCUUUACUAACCUCUGGAACCUCGCUGCGCCCACUGGUCCAUUCAGCUUUAGCUUUAGCUUUGAGCUGCCAAAAGAUAUCAUAGAGCAAAUGGCCAAGUUUCCCAGUUCUGCUUUCCAUUGGUUGAGAUAUAUUCGGCAUAUUUGGCGCCCCUUGAUUCAUACCGAUGAGCUUUUUGCCGUUUUCAACGCCAUCAACGCCGUUGGAGGGUUCGUGGUGGAUAUAAACACUAAGCUUGCCAAAGUUGACGAGGUAAGUAGUGCUGGGUUUAUAUAAUCUAUUGGGCUUGACAUGACUGACUCUGUGAAUCAUCAACAGAAAGAAUAAGCCAGUCACUCUCCGUGCCCUGCUCCUUUUUCGGCUCGCCAUCUUAGCGAAAUCAUACGUCUAACGAUCAGGAAGAUGCGCAAACUCCACACCAAGCAUCGUCCAAUCUAUCAAAAGUGCCUUUUCUCGGAGUCAACGUAUGAUCGAAGAGGUUUCCUGAGACGAUCGCCUUUUUGUGUUUCUUGCUAGUCGAGGAGGGAAUUGUGUGUACAGAAUCUAUUUCUUUUUGUUUUGAGUGCUAGUAAUUCUGUAUUAGGGGAGGGCAACGGGGAAAGGGAUGAAGGAUUUCUUUUGGGGAAAACAGCAUGCUCUUUGGGUACACAGACUUAGAGAAUAAGACUUAGAGAAUAUGAUUACAAUGAAUUCCUGGGAAUUCAUGGCGAUUCGCGACUUCCAGUUUGCAAACGGAAACCCGCCAGGGACUUUUGGUAUCGAAAAAUUUCGCUUGCAAUCAGAACUAAUUGAUGGCCCCAACAGUGAAGCUCAGAGGCAGUACUUGCUCCACUGCCAUUUUCAGCUACACAUCACACAUCCUCUCCGAUUAAUCACAUAACAAAUAUUUCAUAAACCCAAAGGAAAACGUACAAACAGCUUUUAACAUGUGCAUCUCCUUUGCAUACACUUUGAAGUAGAAGAAAGAUAGAAAGACAAUUCGAGAGGCAUAUGUUCGUGUUGCGAAGCCAGGAGACAUGGGAAAGUGAACCAAUUUCAAUCGUCGCUGUGCCUCACCAGGUUCAGAUGAUCAAUCAUAUCCAACCAAAUUGGCUAGCACAACCGAGCUAUCGUUGAGGAGAUCUGUGACUUGGCAAUGAGGGUUCCCUGGCGGAAUCGGAGGCCGAGGUGUGCGGUUUAUGUAUAUUUCUUGGUGGAUGCAUAUAAAUCUUGUCUUGAUCCACAGCAAGAUUAAGCCUAAUUGUGAUACUUGAUGUGAAAACUCGAGUAUAAUUCGUAUCUCAAGAAUUGAUUACUUUAUGACGCGUUUCCCAAAUGUCGGGUCCACCACUGGUCGAGGUCAGACUCAUUCCUGGGUCAUGUGAUCAAAAUGUGUUGAGCGAGGAAAAUGGAAGCGGUAACACCUUUUACACCUUCAGCAUAUCUCCUGAGUUUCAUAAAGUAUCAAAAUCUCUGUUUCAGCCCUUUCAUAUGAUUCUAGAAUUACUUAAAUUGCUCAAAUUAAAACAUGAAAACUACACAUACGGAGUGUUUGCAAGCACUGCCGCUUUUGUUUCCAUGGUGAGCGGAGUUUCGGUCGUUUUGACGCCCGUUUUCCCGCUCCUGAAAGCUGCGACUCUGACAUGCUCAGGACAUUUAUCUCUCAUUUGUGACAAGUUUUGCUGUCACUCAUGCUUAUCCUACAUCAAACGGAGUUUUGUUGCUUCCUGUUUUGCCACCUGUUAAUUGAAUGAUGUCGGAUGAAGGGAACGAUUCUCUCAGUCCUACAGCUAGAGCCUCCAUACGGCCUUCCUUAACCAACCGCGCCUGCGAAAAUUGUUCUCGAGCAAAGGCCAAAUGUGUCCCACAAGCGAAUGGAGCGGAUGAACGAUGUGCAAGGCAAUUCCGCUUGUCAUUUUCUUUUGGUGGAUUUUACUAAAGCUGAAAUAGAUGUUUCCGUUUGAGGAAGCAAUGUGCCAUGCUUCCUCGUAGAACACGGAAAAAGAGAUUACCGAGUAAUAGCACGUAAGUUAUAAGCUAAAUCCAUCCAUUGCUUUUGGUGUCAUUGCAUUCAAGGUUAUGUGCCCAGUUGGCAGGAGAAAUCGGAGUAUAAUUUCGUGUCAUUCGGAUUGAUCCAAGUAAUCAACCGAGUUUUAUGGGUGGAUCAUUCUAAUCGUCUAUGGAACGCCCGAGCAAUUAUUUGAUUGUAUUAAAAGUUUAAAAUAAUGAAAGUUAUUCGACGGGGUUUGUAUCAAGAUAACAACUUUUCAUAUACACUGAGAAAUUAGUUGUGAAGCGCUUAGAAAAGAAUCCAGCAGCCCCCCCUUUUACUGAAGCCAAACCAGGCCAAUAUUGCUAACAAAGAACAGGCUUAGCCAAUUGGAGGAGAAAAUAGAGAUUCUGGUUUCUCUUCUCGGGGCCCAUUCCGAAGCGCUAAAGCCAGAUCAAUCAUCUCAGUCGACAAAUCCAAAUGCUACGCCAUCAGACCUUAGCUCAAGGGAUUCUAAUAGGGCUACUCUUCCCUUCGAGAAAGCCCAAGUGGAAACAGGAAGCUUCGAGGGGUUCAAUCAAGAGAUGAAUAGCGGAAACUACAUCCUUGCCGGAACAACUCUCCUUCAGCCUCCAACUCAACGUCCUUCUCAACCCCAUCGAAAUCGUAGCUUCUCAGUUACUGCUCAAAAUAGUUGUCCAGCUCAGCAGCCUCCUCUUUCAAACAAUUAUGACCCGCUCUUUCUACAGCCCGGCGACGAAGCUAAUAGUGUUCUCACAAAUUUCAGAGAAAAAUUCGCUAGCCACUAUCCAUAUUUGGUUUUUCCACUUCACUUAAAUUCUCAUAAACUUCAAGAACAGAAGCCGUGGGUAUACAAGGCUGCGAUACUCGUCGGUUCACUCCAUCCAAGAGCGCGUCAGAUUUCGAUGUCAAAAAGCCUGUGUAUGGAUGUUGCUGAGGCUAUGAUAUUAAAAGGAGAAAGGAAUUUGGAUAUGCUCCAAAGCAUGUUAAUACAUAACGCCUGGUACGUCAUGAUUUGUUCCAUAUUAUUACUUUGUUUCUCAAGGGUGGUGGUAGUAAUAUGCGGAGCGAUGUUACAAUUCAUUUCGCAGCUAAGCUUUAAUGAAUUACAGAGAUAUUCGCUGUUGAUGGGCGUUAUUACAGCGGCUUAUUACUACAACGAGUUAUUCUGGGCAGAGUUAUGAUGUUAAAGCUUGUUUGGUCCUCAGCAAUAUGUAUGAAACUGCGGAGGUUAACAAAUGAAUGCACAUCUAGGUCUUUGUAUUUCUCUCCAAUAUCUCCUCCGAUGGCCCAGUCAACGGCCGUCUUCCAACUUCAGCAUGCUCUGGUAUUUGAUCUGGGUCUCAACAAGCCGGUCAGAGAAGGCGAUCCCUCGGAUAUGCUCCCGAAUCCUUCGGGAUUUUUGCCCAAAAAUAGUGUUACAGAAGCGAAGAGAACUUCUGAAGAACGUCGAACUCUACUCUGUGCCUUCUGCUCCACAUCAGUGUACGUUUCACCCAUCGUAUGGUGGCAUGGAAAUUGAUAAGUUACAUUAGAACGUCGCUAUUCGUACGCAAGAUCGAGAAUUUGCACCACACUCCUUAUCUCGAGUAUUGUUGUAAGAUUUUGGAGGAUGCGAGCGAGUUUCCUUCGGAUUUGAUUUUGGUUGCCGCGACUAGAUUGCAAUGUAUGAGCGAAUCAAUCCAGCGAAGUCUGCUAGUGAAAAAUGAGGGUCCUAUAAUUCCAAGUUGUAUGAGAGCAGAGUUAGUAAGCUAUUGGCAAAGUUUAUCGGAUGAACUCCGUUCUAAUGGUGCGUAUUUUGAAACAAAUGCAAGAUCGAGCUGGCUUAUUGACAUACUUUGCUUACCAGAAUUUCUACUCACGACUUACUACUCGGUCGAAGUAUUCCUUUACGAACCAAUCAUCCAAUCGAAUCCACCCUCGUUUGUAUUCGGCAAUGGCAACGCCCAGCGCUUAGAAAUGUUAAGCACUUGCCUUCUCGCAGUUCAAAAGCUGCUUGAUUUGUCAAUUGCACAGAAAGUUAGCAAAUUCGCAGCAUUAUCCGGCCCCCAGCUUUCGUUCAUAGGACUGGGACUUUCGACUCUUUUCAAACUAUCCGUGGUUGAACAGCCAGGUUGGGAUCUAGCACAAGUUCGGCAAAGCGUCAAGAUAUUCGACUAUUUUGAUCACUUGAUUAAGCAGUUCGAGGCAGUAAGUGUUACAGCUGACCAACUGCACCCCGAACCGUGUAAAUUAUCUUUUUCAGAAGGAUGCGGUCGAGCUCUGAAGAGGACCAAGGGCAUUUAUGGGACGAAAAUGGGGGUGGUUUCGGGCGCGAACCUUGUGCCAGAACACGAGAUUUCCGGAAUCGACGGCGGACUGCUUUCUAUGGAAUUUGACUGGAUCGACGAUGCCUAUUGGCAGGACAUGAUGGGAAGUAUGAUGGGAGAUGUAUUUUUGCCAUGA